ACAAAUAACAACACAUAAGCACUUACACGUGAUGUGAAUCUGCUAACAAUCUCUCAGAAAAUAUUUUUACAGUUACUGAUGCUUGUAAUUGCAAUAAUACCAUGUGUAUUCCAUAAUUCAGUAUACAUAUAUAUAUGACUGUCCAUUACUGUGCGUGUGCGUGCGUGCGUGCGUGCGUGCGUGUGUGUGUGUGUGUGAAUACAGUACACACACUUUUCUUUCUCAAUUUGUCUGUUUGUUUAACAAUGUAUUUUCUGUACAGCUGCUUUGCAAUCAUGUAAACCUUAAAAAGCGAAAUCAAAAGGUUUUCAAUUCUGAAUAUCUGCUGAUGGACACACACAAGCUCUGAGGAAUUAAGGUGGCACGCAAGUGGACCAUUCUGACAUUCUUGUUUUCUUGAGUUUGCGGCGGCUCCCACGAGACAUGAGAGGAUAUAUAGUCGCAUAGCACGAGUCACAGAGUACAGAAAACCCUCCAAACGGACCAUUUGCACACUCACACGCAGGUAAGCCAAUCAUAUCAAACUGCUUGUGACUGUUGAUCAAUGCAAACGCUCAUGAACGAAUCUGAACUCUGCAGGUGCGGCUCCAUGGACUUAUGCGUCACCAUCAAAGGUGUCUCCUUCCUCUUGCAGGCAGGACUGGGCAUCCUUGCCAACAUCUUGGUCCUGCUGGCAUACGUCCACAUCGCACUGACCGAUCCCAACCUGCAGCCCGUGGACAUGAUUCUGUGCCACCUGGCCUUCGCCGACCUUCUGCUGCUGCUGACGCGGGGCGUCCCACAGACCAUGACCUUGUUCGGCCUGCGAAAUCUGCUGGACGACGCCGGCUGCAAGGUGGUCAUCUACACGUACCGCAUCGCCAGAGCCCUGUCGGUCUGCAUCACCUGCAUGCUGAGCGUGUUCCAGGCGGUGACCGUGGCGCCCGCGUCUGGACUGUACCUGUCGAGGUUAAAGGCCAUGCUGCCGCAGCUGGUCGUCCCCACCUUUGUGGCGCUGUGGUUUAUAAACAUGGCCAUCUGCAUAGCCGCCCCGUUCUUCUCUGUGGCCCCUCGUAACGGUACCGUCCCCCCGUUCACACUCAACUUGGGCUUCUGCCACGUCGACUUCCGAGAUAACUUGUCCUACGUCAUUAACGGCAUCGCCGUUUCGGUGCGAGACUUCGCUUUCGUCGGCGUGAUGCUGGGCUCCAGCGUCUACAUCCUGGUCCUCCUGCACCGCCACAGCAGGAAGGUGAGAGGAAUCCGAAGGGUACAGGGCGGCACCAUGGAAACGCGAGCGGCCAAGACAGUGGUGAUGCUGGUGGUUCUGUAUGCCGUUUUUUUUGGCCUCGAUAACGUGAUCUGGAUCUACAUGUUGACUGUGGCUCAGGUGCCUCCCGUGGUGGCCGAUAUGAGAGUGUUCUUCUCCUCGUGUUAUGCAUCUCUCAGCCCGUUCCUCAUCAUCUCCUCUAAUAAGAAGGUCAAAGCGAGGAUGGUGUGUGCAGCCUCGGACCAAGCAGUGGACAACAAGGACUCGAAUGUUAAAAACUGAGCACGACACAGAGCUCUAGGUCUUAGUAAAGAGUUGUACUGGGUUAAACUGGGAUGAAACUGCAUGAUCUCCAU